UUGCGACUGACUCUACAAUCACCCAUUCACCCCAGAGAUCCUCGCCAGACAGUCAUGGCAGACGCAGAUGAGGAUGCCGUCCGUGGUACUACGGUUGAGCCCUCACAGAUCGAAGUUGAUCUCUCCGACGAAACACAGGACUUUCGCCUACUAAAUCAUCUUAAUUUCCUCACCGAUACAUCCUCCUCAAGCCUCCCCCGCCGUGGCGAGAAAGACUUCGAGCCUAAUCCCACCGAAUUCCAAGCGGAUGUACUCUCCGCCUCCCGCCAGGCGAUGCACAAUGCGCUCGCGCAUCCUCGUCUACACAACCCCAAGAAUCGAGUCAUUGCCAUCUACGCCCCCGAGGGCCCUCCACCUCCUCCCCCCGUGACUCCCGGCCAGGAGCCUGGCAAGACUGGAGGUAGGGGCGCCAGCGUUUCGCCAGAUGCCUGUGUCUACGUGCCUAGCCCGAAGGGCCAGUAUUUCAAGACUAUGGGCCAAGCUGAUCGGAAGGGUGUUAUGUGGUUGUUACCCGAGGAGGCAUUAUAUCUGCUCGAGCGGGGCAGUCUGGAUAUCCGUUGGCCUACGUCCAUCACGGGCGUGACGAUCGAGGAAGGUAGUGAGGAGGAGUUGUCUAUUCCGAUGAGUCUGCAGGCAGCUUAUGCAUGUCUCAUUGGAAGAGGUGGAUUGACUCUCGAGCGUUUCACGGUCUUCUCGAGCUUGAAGCGGAUUGGGUACACUAUUUCCCGUGCGCCAGGGUGGGAUGAUUCAGCAACGGUGGAAGAUUCGGCCGAUGAAAACAGUAGCAAAGCCUAUACGCAGCCGGUCAAGCGCGGCGCAGGUCUCGCCGGUAUCCUGGGAAGCAUAUUCAACUGGAUCAACGAUCCAAAAUCCACAUCCUCCACGGCGGCUGGUCCCGUCAUUGGAUAUGGCAUUCAUCGCAACUACUCUGAUAUCUACAAAAAACUCGCCCAAAUCCCCUGGUACGACCCAACCCUCUUCCACCACCGAAACCCCCUCUCCACGAAAGCCCCCUACCGCGUCAUCCUACACGUCUUCAAACCCUCAACGCCCAUCAAAAAAUCCGCCCUCCCGCACCCGGACUUCCGCAUCGCAGUCAUCAAUACCCGCGAAGCGACCACCAUCCCGACCCUCCCCGAGCUAGGCGCUUUGCUCGAAAGUACCCCGCUGGAUCCGCCGAAGGGUGAGAAAAUGGAGCGCCAGAUGUAUAUGCGGCUGCGGCACGGGUAUCGGAAUGUUAUUCUGGCGGUGGUAGAUCAGGGGGUCACUAGUUUCCUCAGGGUUGCGGAUGUUGCGUUUGGGAGGGAGAGGUUGUACGAGAGUGUCGGUGGGCCGUUGGGGCCGAAGAAGGGGGGGAAUUUUAGGAAGAAGAAGCGGUGAUUUUAUCGUUGGGUUGGAUGAUUGAUUUUGAGUCUUGCCACUUGAAAGAUAGGUCAGGGCUUGGUCACGGAGAGCGGGCAAGACUUGACUGGACCUCGGUGAAUGGCCUUUCUCAGAUAGAUGCGAUAUAGCAUCUCCGGUUCUGUUUAAGAUGGUCAAGAUUCAGCUGUACAUUUUCUGCUCAGCUAUCAUAUUCCCUCUCAUCAAUCGCCAUGCUUUCCAGCCAGCAGUUCUACGCUGUAGAUGGGAUAGAAAGAGCGAUGACGGUUCAAGAUACGAUUAAGCUCUCUACUUGAACGAGACUGUCCGUAUCAUCUGUAUGGAUUUCACCUCUAACGAUAAGACUCCAAUACAAAUACAUCAUAAAUCAUAAAAGCCAUGAAGUUAGUCCUCCCCACGCUGUGUAGCGCAUCCCCAUAGCCCUCCUCAAAGCCGAUACAUCUCGCUCCUACUGCGGGCCCCGUCAAACACACAAGUAUUAUCAAGCGGCACGUAUUGUCUAGUGAGCACCUUGAGCGCCUCUUGUGCGACUAGACCUCCAGUAAGAGACGAAAUGUUGUGCAGCUCGCCGCCCUCCGCGCGACGAAUUUCCAUGAUAGCGUUCGCGAUGCCCUCGCGGACGUCGAGGUCAAAGGGAACGGGCUGGUCGCGACUCAAUAGAGCCAGGAUACGUUCAGUGUGACUGGUCCACAGAGCCUCAUCAUCAAUCGAGAGCUGAGAGCCUUGCUCGCCGCUAUUCUGGAUUUCAUCCACCACCGCGUCGAGAACCUGUGUUGCGAUGAACACUGGAAUCAGGGAAUCCGGUAUGCUGAGCUGGCUGCGGAUAGCCUUGAGCGUCGUCAAAUCGCUGUCACUGCUGAUCUGCGGCACUGCACGGCCGUGCACGACCUUGAUAUGAGCGGCAUUCUUGCAGAAAACCUCAAUCUCGCGCUCCAGAAUUUGCGGGGUGGAUCGGCCAAGUUGAGACUCGAGCUGGCGUAUCGUUCCGGUAACUUCUUCCACGUCACGACGAGCUUUACUCUUGUAGAUAUCCUGCAGCGCGAUGUAGUCGGCUGACUGGGCUUUCAUGUCGGGCAGGGAGCCUGGCAGGGGAAGUACACCAUGUGUAUUGUAGAAAGUGCUGAUUGCGGAGGCGAUGACCCAAAAAUCAGUGGAUUGAGGUGUCAGUUGCUUGCACUGUUCCAUCUCGAAGAUUUCGCGAGUGGAGCUGCGGAGAGUGAAUGGUGAGAUGGUCUUUAGCACGGCUGCUACCGCCUCGUCGAAGUUCUCCUCGCCACCUUCGGGGUUAUCAGUGCGUGCAUUUGAGCGGACAAAUUCCCGGAAUUCGGUUUUCUCUUUGUAGCUGCUUGGCGCACUGCCCCCGUGUGAUUGUUUCCAUUGCUCGAGGAAGUGGAGUAGAAGCAAUAUGUAGGGAACGUGACCGUGUUUGUGGUCGUCCAUGGCAGUCAAGUCUCCGACUGCCGUUGCGGCAUUGGCAAGUUCUGGCCAUGGAUUGAGAAGGCGCAGGUCCUGCAUUGUCUCUGGGUCUGGAUGCGUCUCGACAAUAGGAAAAUCUGCAUCCAGUUGCAGUGAGAACGUUGAAUAGAAUCCAACUGAAUGAACGUAUAGCACAGGGAUGCCCAGUCUUUGCGCUUGUUGACUGAGAGAGCCCAGCGUGGAACGGUUAGUUGGACCAGUGAUAAUCACCAGCUUAUGCCGCGGCAAGAAGUCUGGAUCACGGAGGAGCUCCGCGAUAU